AUGACCGACACGACAGGAAGCAAGCCAAAGAAGAGUCUCGUGCUCAAUGCCUUUGUGGAGAUGUGCAGCGGGCACCAGUCCCCUGGACUCUGGAGGCACCCCGACGACCAGUCGUGGCGCUUCAACGAGAUCACUCACUGGGUCGAGCUCGCGAAGCUGCUCGAGGAGGCAAAGUUCCACGGCAUCUUCAUCGCCGACGUUCUCGGUGGUUACGACGUGUACUCGCAGUCUCUCGACCCUGCAAAGAUCUCUGGUGCUCAAUGGCCCGUCAACGAGCCGCUGGCACCCAUCGCCGCUAUGGCAGCCGUGACGAAGAGCAUCGGCUUCGGCGUGACCGUCUCCACGACGUACGAGCAGCCGUAUCACUUGGCUAGACGGCUGUCCACAGUAGACCACCUCAGUGGUGGCCGCUACCUCGAUUCGGCGGCGAAGAACAUGGGCCUCGCCCAGCAGCCCCAGCCAUUCGACGAUAACGCCUGGUCGCUGACAACCACAAAGCACGACGAUAGAUACGCACAGGCCGAGGAGUACAUCAAGGUUAUGUACAAGCUCUUCGAGUCCUCGUGGCGCGACGAUGCCGUCAAGCUCGACCGCAAGUCGGGCGUCUACACCCAGCCCGAGCUGGUGCGCAAGAUCGACCACAACGGGCGCUUCUUCACCGUCCCUGGCCCGCACAUCGUGCAACCCAGCCCGCAGCGCACGCCGCUGCUCCUGCAGGCCGGCACAUCCAAGGCGGGAAAGCAGUUCGCGGCGCAGCACGCCGAGGCCAUCUUCGUGUCGGCACACGCGCCCGCCGUGUGUGCCAAGAACAUCGCCGAGAUCCGUCAGCUCGCGCGCGCGGAGUACGGGCGCGACGGCAACGACAUCAAGGUGCUCGCGCUCGUGACGCCGAUCCUGGGCGCGACGGAGGAGGAGGCGCAGGCGAAGCUGGCGGACUACCGGCAGUACGCGUCGCACGAGGGUGCGCUGGCGCUGUUUGGCGGGUGGACGGGCAUCGACCUGAGCAAGUACGGUGACGACGAGGAGCUGAGGCAGGUGGAGAGCAACGCGGUCAAGUCAACUGUCGAGGGAUACGCGCGAUUCUCGCCGGGCACGGCCAAGUGGACGAAGCACACGAUCGCCGAGCACGUCAGCAUCGGCGGCAACGGACCCAUCUUCGUCGGUACGGCGGCGCAGGUGGCCGACGGGCUUGAGGCGUGGAUCGAGGAGGCCGACGUCGACGGCUUCAACUUUGCGUACGCCCUCUUCCCGCAAUCGUUCAAGGACAUCAUCGACCUGCUGCUUCCGGAGCUGCGCCGCCGCGGGCUGUUCUGGGACGACUACGCCGUGCCCGGCGGCACAUACAGGGAGAACUUCUACCGCAAGAAGGGACAGACGGGGCCGUUGGACGAGCACGUGGCGGCGUCGUACCGGUGGAAAGCGGGUGUUCCGGCAGAGGAGGCCAAGAUUCCGGAAUAA